AUGACUUCUGAGUCGGGUCAAAAGUCCCUCCCCUCGCACCCCCUCACUUCCAUCAUACAGGCAGCUGCAGAGCUCUCUAGUGCUUCUGGUGCCAGCAUGGUGCAUGCUGACGUCAUAAAGAGCUUUGCAUCCCUGGCGUUGGCAUGCACUGCCAUGCCCGCUGCCUUGCGCCCCUCCAUGGCCAAAGUGCUCUCACAGCUGAAGCAGCUGCACGAGGAGGUGGUGAGGCGGGAGGGGGAGAGCGGAUUGCAGCAAGGGAGUGUGCUUGGAGUACUGGGAACGGGGGGAGGGACUUGGCUGGGGAGGGAGAACCGUGUGAGCCCUGCAGCUGAGUCCACGGUAAGGAGUGUGAGUGCGGAGAGGGGAACGAUGGAUGACGAAGGCAGUCCUGAAGAGGAUGAGAGCUUGACUGUUGGUGAAGGGGCAUGUGGGGAAGCAAGUAGGAGCAUGGGUGAUGACCACAACUGA